CUUGAUUUCCGUGUUUUCUUUCCCUUUCCUUUCCCCUCCCUCCAACCAAACGAAGCCUAAAGAAAAGUUUCUCCCUUUUCCAUUCAGCAUUCUCAUUUCAAUAUAUCCACAUGGCAGCUUCUCCUAUCUCAUCAGAGAGCCCAAAAUUGGAGGGUCUGCAGAAGCAUGUUGCUUUCUUUGACUUGAAUCAAGAUGGUGUUAUUUACCCAUGGGAAACUUUUAAAGGAUUACGUCUAAUCGGAAGUGGGGUCCUGUUGUCCACGGCACUAUCUUUUUUCAUCAAUGUGGGUUUCAGUCAGAGUACUCGUCCGGGAAAGUUCCCAUCUCUACUUUUCCCGAUUGAAGUUAAGAAUAUCAAACUCGCCAAGCACAGAAGUGACACAGGAGUUUAUGACACUGAAGGAAGGUUUGUUCCUUCCAAAUUUGAAGAAAUUUUCAACAAACAUGCAAACACACAUCCAAACGCUUUAACGUAUGGUGAACUGAAGGAGAUGACAAAGGCGAACAGAGAGCCUAAAGAUCUCACAGGAUGGAUUUUUAGCUUGGUUGAAUGGAAGGUUCUUUACAAACUUGCCAAAGACAAGAAUGAUUUAGUGCAGAAAGAAACUAUCCGAGGCGUUUAUGAUGGAAGCUUGUUUGAAAUACUGAAAAAUGAACAUUCCGCAUACAAGAAGAAGUAAUUCAAUCUUCCAACAGUUGAUAAUAAUUUAUUUCUUACACACAUAUAUUAUGAUGGAAGCUUAUAUAAUGUAUUGUAAAAUAAAAGUCAUUCCACGAAGAAAAGUGUAUUUAUUUAUUUGUUUUGAGAAUAUAUAACUCAUAGCAUGUUAUAAUUUG